GAGACUCGGGGAUGAGGGGGCUGCGCUUCUCCCAACGUUUUCUCGUGGAAAGCGGCUCUAAAGCGGUGCCAGCGCGGUCGAGCUGACGCCUGGGAACAGUCAUGUUUGUUGAUUAAGCCAAUCUCUGGGCUCCGCAAUCGCUCUUCGCCGUUCGGCAGACCGCGCGUUUACGAAAGCCGGCGCGCUCCCAACAACUGCGCCGACCAGGACGACCCGGGAAGUGGUGCCUCGCGGGUGAAUCUCCUCACCUUGUCCUCUGGUUCUUGUGCGGCGGGAUGUGUCUUCGUUGGUGUACCAGGUAGCGCAGGAUACUAGCCAGUUGGAUACGGCUAUGGCGACGCGCCAACGGCGGGAAUCGUAGCGGCGGGGGGACGCCUCUUCGGAUGCGAGGCUGACCCGUCAUGUACCCGGCUAGACACCCCGUGAGUUCAGCCAUGCCUGUCACGGGUCCUCCGCCGCAGGCGGGCCAGCAGUUCAAGUUCACUGUGACAGAGUCCUGCGAUCGCAUUAAAGAGGAAUUUGGCUUCCUCCAAGCGCAAUACCACAACUUGAAGCUCGAGUGCGAAAAGUUGGCCGGUGAGAAAACCGAGAUGCAGAGGCACUACGUCAUGUACUACGAAAUGUCUUACGGUCUCAAUGUGGAAAUGCACAAGCAGACCGAAAUUGCCAAGAGGUUGAACGCAAUCAUCGCUCAGAUCCUGCCUUUCCUGUCGCAAGAGCACCAGCAACAAGUCGCGGCAGCUGUGGAACGUGCCAAACAAGUCACGAUGACUGAACUAAAUGCCAUAAUCGGGCACCAAAUGCAGGCGCAACAAAUGCCCGCGCCUCCGCUACCGAUGCUGUCGCACGCGGCCAUGGCCGGCCUGCAGCCUCCGGGAGCGGGCCUGCCUCCCAGCACCGCAGCGGGCUUGCUGGCGCUGUCAUCGCUGGCCGCGCCGCCGCCUCCCACGCACCUGGCGGCUGCGGCUGCAGCUCUCAAGGACCACAGGGCCGCUGCAGCUGCGGCAGCCGCCGCCGCCGCUGUUGCUGCCUCGGAUGACAAGCGGUCCGUUCACAGCAGUGAAGAGCGACAUAGAAACUCUAUUUCACCUGGUGAGAGAGAAAAAUUCCGUGGCCGCUCUCCGGACAUCGACCAUGACCUCAAGAAGCGCAAGAAAGAGGAUAAAGACAGUGACGGGGAGAAGAGUGACCAAGAGCUGGUGGUUGACGUCGCCAAUGAGGACUCUGUGGGUGCGCCUAACGGGGCCCUGUCACCACGAGAGAAUGGCACUGACAAGGGCCUCAAGAAGGAACCUCAUGGAUCUCCCCAUUCGAGCGUCUCCUCCAACUCGAGCACGCCAUCCUCCUCCAAGCACAAGGAAGGGGCUGGGGACAAGGGAGGGGGCACGCCAACUCCCAAGGCAGCCACGCCUACCGGAGCUGCACCAUCUUCCUCUCAUAAAGGUGCCAAGGCUGCUGCCCUUGGACCUCCGUACCCGUAUCCUCUGCACGGUGGAGGACCUGGCGCUCAUGGUAUGCCAGCUGAUCUCAGUGCGGCAGCCUAUCCACAAGGUGUUCUGCAUAACAGUAUUGCACCAGGGCUCAACUCGUACUCCAGAGGACUGGUUGGCUAUGAGCCGCAUCCAUCGAUGCGAGGAUUCGGCUCCAUACCAGCAGGAAAACCGGCAUAUUCCUUUCACGUGAGUGCCGAAGGUCAGAUGCAGCCAGUGCCAUUCCCCCCAGAUGCAUUGGUAGGGGCAGGCAUUCCGCGGCACGCACGGCAGAUCAACACACUGGCCCACGGAGAAGUGGUGUGUGCUGUCACCAUCAGCAAUCCAACCAAAUAUGUCUACACAGGAGGCAAGGGCUGCGUCAAGGUCUGGGACAUUAGCCAGCCAGGCUCCAAAAGCCCAGUGUCUCAGCUGGAUUGCCUGCAAAGAGACAACUACAUCCGAUCUUGCAAGCUUCUUCCCGAUGGACGGACGCUCAUAGUUGGAGGCGAAGCCAGCACUAUUUCCAUUUGGGAUUUGGCAGCGCCGACCCCACGCAUCAAGGCAGAGCUGACCUCAAAUGCUCCAGCUUGCUAUGCCUUGGCCAUCAGCCCUGACUCGAAGGUUUGCUUCAGCUGCUGCUCAGAUGGAAACAUUGCUGUCUGGGACCUGCACAAUCAAACCCUUGUGAGGCAGUUCCAGGGCCACACAGAUGGGGCCAGCUGCAUCGACAUCUCGAGUGAUGGCACAAAGCUCUGGACGGGUGGUCUUGACAACACCGUGCGCUCUUGGGACCUUCGAGAAGGACGGCAGCUGCAGCAGCACGAUUUCACAUCACAGAUCUUCUCCCUCGGCUAUUGCCCAACAGGAGAGUGGCUAGCUGUAGGCAUGGAGAGCAGCAACGUGGAAGUUCUGCACUGCAGCAAGCCAGACAAGUACCAGUUACACCUGCAUGAAAGCUGUGUCCUGUCGCUUAAGUUUGCAUCGUGUGGCAAGUGGUUUGUCUCCACGGGCAAGGAUAACCUGCUCAAUGCCUGGAGGACACCCUACGGUGCAUCCAUUUUCCAGUCCAAGGAGUCCUCGUCAGUGCUGAGCUGUGACAUUUCUUCUGAUGACAAGUACAUCGUCACUGGCUCUGGAGACAAGAAGGCUACUGUGUAUGAAGUUAUCUACUGAACUGGUCGGAAGCCUGUCUUCACCACGAGCCCAGGGACUGUUGCCAUUGUGCAAGUGGUCGUGUGUAUGUGAGUGUGUGUUUGUGGCAGGCAUUCAUGGGAAUGACUUUUUUACAUGACUUCUGUAUAGCCAUGCCCCCUGCAAAAGGAGACUGGUGGGCUAUCCAAGAAGAAUGAAACUGCCUUACAGGACUCGCAGUUUGGCUUCUUGUUGUGGUCCUGCCUUGUAGCUUGAAAGCCUAGGUAACCAGCAAUUGCCUGCCUAGCAAGAGUGGCAACAUGCUUUGGCCCACGUCUUGCCACCUUGGUACCCAGGAAACCUGCGGACAUUGUGCACCAGACUAUGCCAACGUAAUGCUUCGCCAUGCGAGUACAUGUGCAUGUGUGACAUUUGAACAUUCACCUAUCUUGUGAGCAAUGCACACACUCAGUGCCAUUAGGAAAUUUUCUGGAGUUUUUACAGGCUUUGCCAUCAAAGCAAAUGUUCUGUCAACAGACUGAUCAGCAGGCUGGAAGUUGUAUUGCUAAAUUAUUCCGGUGACUUUGCCUGCAGAUAUGAAAUGUACUUACAGAUACAGUUGCUUUAUCUCGCUGUGAAAUGGCUGACGAAUAUGUGUGCGCACCGCACAACCGCGUUUUGUUGCCUUACAAAUCUUUUUUUUUUUUCCAUGUAAACAUGGACUUGGUGAAUUUCCCUGUUGUGCUUGUUCUCCCUCGCUUUGUCUUCAUUAUCGCCAUUGUGAAAAGCAGCUAAGCCUGUGAUGGAGGUAUGCUGAGCCAGGGGCACAGGCUGAAAUUUUUUCUUCGUGAAGCGCACCUCGUUGAUCUGAAGUAGGGGCCAGGCAGGCAAAUGGUCAUUUUGUGCUCUAUAUGCUGUGGUGGAAAAAAAUUUCAGGGGGAGGGUUGGGGGUGUAGGCCCGGUGUGCCACCCCCUGGUUACACCACUGUGCUGAACAUUGCCGCUUAAAGCCACUUCCUCACUGCUUUGCUGGACAGUGUUUCUGCUAGAAUGACGUAUGCCUCUGGCCUAAUAGCUAUGCAUAAAAGCUGCCCUUCGACACACCUGAGCUCAGGAAACAUUCCAUUUUGUUUUCAAACAUAAUGUUUUGUGCAAGUAAGCUGCUAAUGCCAUACACUGCAGUGCCGUAUCCAGUGGUCAAACCUUCCCAUGGCUCUGCAGACUGAUGGUCUUAUCGGCUGCACCAUCCUUGUGUACAAAGAUAUGCUGGCAGGUGCCAGUGUUGUCAUCCUAGUACAAUAAAACUGUUCGUUAAAAACCCCUA